AUGGACGCCAUUGCUCUCCCCAUCGCCUCAGUCGAGGUUGUUCGCUGCAUGCGAUGCGCUCGCUCCGUCGAGGCUACUUCUACCGACGACGUCAGCACAAUGGGCAUGGUCCGCAUUGCACACAACCUUUACUACUGCGAACGUUGCGCAAAGAUGGAUGGAUAUACGGCCUCAACAUUGCCGCAUCAACGACAUCCCGCACCCUCCGCCAUGGAGAAUGAGCAGCCCUCUCGGCAGCUCAACGCAAGAGAACAAAGCCUCUUCAUCGCCGCCAUCGCAGAUGUUCACGACCACAAACUGCACCUGGACGAUAAGACAUUGGGCAUACUCUUGACGCAAAUUCCCCCCUACGAUACCUAUCAACAGCCACGACCCAGUUCCUCCUCACCAUUGCGAGACCGUUCAAGAACCCUAAAAAAGGGUACCUUCUCCAAGGCUCAGGGCAUUUGA